CUUUGCCAUCGCUGCCUUGCACCUUGCGCUCUCGAAACUCCAGAGUCCAUCCUGAGGCAUCACGGCAAGCUGCUGGGCACCAACGUCAUGUGAGCAAGGGGCCCCUGUGGGAUCUGUGCUUCGCUUCGCUGGCACCGGUGGAGCUAUCCGUGGCAGGUAUAACCCUGUCGUCCUCCAGCCUGGCUCCUCCGUCUCAAGCACCAACAACGAACGCCCUGCGCGAAGCGAACUGCAGCCCUACGACCAGUAGGACCUUUGACGACACGACGAUGCGCUGCGGCGCAGAGUCUGCCUUCUUCUUCUUGACAAGCUGCUGCGACCACGACGGGUUCCUGUACCCCCAGCAGCACCAUCAACCGCAACCAUGACGACAUCACCAGAUCUCGCGGCGACCGCCACGCCCGCCGCGUCCCCACCAGCAACUCUCUCAUCGUCGACGCCGUCCCUCGUGCGCACCUCGUCGCAGCUCUCGGCCGUGUCCGGCAGCGGCAAGCGCGGCCACUCUGUGCGUGCGAAAUCACGAAAUCGCAAGAUCCCAUCCCAGCCCUCGAGCUCAGCAUCUUCGGUAGCCGCAUCGGACCGCUCACUCAUCUCGUUCCCGUCCCUGUCGCCCGAGACGCCACGCUUCGAACGCCCAGAUACGCCAGAAUCGUUCGCCGGCACUAUACGUAGCACGGCGGCUAUGACACACGCGAUAUCCAGACCUGCGCUGGUGGGCACCCUGACAACGUCAAAUUCCCACCGAUCUACAAGGAGCGCCCUGUUUGAGGACACACCAUUAGCGACUUCCAAGGUCCCUGGCGCGCUACACGUGGCGGACGACGAGCACAUCGAGCGGCUGAUUGCGCGGCAUGGCGCAGUCUCUCUGGUUCGGCAGAUCGCCGAGGACCUGGCUCAGCGGGACAGCCAAAUCACAAACCUCCGGCGGCGGGCAGACCAUCGAGAGCGCGCGCUGAGGAAGAUCAUACUCGAGUGCGGGCUGUCGAACCUCGACCUCGAGACGAGGCUGCGCGCCGUGGAGAGCGAGCUAAAGACACAAGAUUUGGCCACAGCCGAGCGCGAUGGCGGCAUCUCGCACAUGAUGAACGACGCCAUGGUCGACUCUUUGUCCUAUAGCGCAUUUGGUAUAAGUAGCGGGGAGGACACGUUGCGUGUGAGGACGCUUUCCGCACCUUCAGAUGAAUCCAGGGAAGCGAAAGGUACCUUUCGGGGUUGGAAGGAUUACCUCUGGGGCGGCGGUACCAGCAAGAGAUCAAGUCGUGCGAAUAGUGUCAACACGACUGGCGGCACCAGCAAUGGCACCUUAUCAAAGCAGGGUGCGCGCGGGCCGGCAGAGCGACGACCGCCGCUGCAGGAGGAUCUGUUCACCCCGCCGGACGAGAUCGCUGCGCGAAGCUCUAGUCGUGCUUCAAGCAUAUACUCAAACACCUCGACGUCACGGAAACCAUCGACAUCGUUAGCCAGCAUGGCGCUACAGCUCGUAGCAGGCAAGGCUAACGGGGGACGAGAUCCGGGCUCUGUACGGGGAAGGUCAAGCUCGGCGGGCCAGGGUGGCACUUUGAGAGCCUCCUCCGCCGCAAGCGUGAAGACAAGUGGCUCAUCUCGGACCGCUCCUGUACAAAGCGGACCGAAAGCCCUGAUGGCGAUGCGACGGGCGACCCCAGCAGGAACCUCUGCGUUGUCUCGAACGCAGGCGCCGGACCGUUGGGAGACAAUGAGCACGAGCCCUCCGGGGCCCUUAGCAGCACGGCCCGACAGUUCUGGCCCUGUGGAAAUGGACACGAUGUAUGCGCCGGACAGCCAGCCGCCGAGUCUGACAUAUAUUUACAACAAUUAUCCUGGCUCCGAGUUUCUCACAGAUCGAUUUGGCUUCAUCUAUGACCAGCGGAGGAAGAAGAGGCAACGCGAGGCUGCGCAAGUGGCGUUGCAGAUGAAAAGAGGCAGUCGCGCCGCGGAAAUGCUCUCAGGCGGACGCCCUGGCAUAUCGCCCAAUCUGAUUGAAAAUGAGGCAGAUACACUGGAAGAAAUUGAGGAUGCAACUCAAACACCAAGCUCUGCAGAUGACACGGCGGAAGCAGGCAAGCCAAAGAAGUGGCAGGACUAUCUCAAGAUCGCAACUUUCCCGACGGAGUUGUUGUCGCACACGCCACUGAUCAGCGCAUCGAAUUUGGAAGUCUUGGAAGGGGCCGAGACGCCCGACCCACCAAAGUCUCCAGGGUUGGUCACGGGUGAUCGUGGAUUCGUACCCGUGGCUAGCACGACAGCAGCGUUGGACAGCGAAGUAUCUGUGCAGCAGGCGGCCGAUGUCCUGCCUGUCACGAUAGGUGAAGACAAUGAGCCGGUCAAGCUGCUUCUCAAGCAGCUCAGCGACGUGCACGACUCGCUGCAAAGAGAAAGAUCGGUGCGGUGGAAUGAGUUCCUGAGAAAGGUGCGCGCCGAGCGCCGAAGGGAAGGUGAAGCGGCGGCCGCGGCAGCGGCUGCAGCAGCGGAUGCGCGAUACUCCAAGUCACGCGUCAACAUCCCCGAGGCGAAAUAUGCCGAUGGUGAGAUCAUUGGCGUCGCCGACCUCGGAGUCAAGGGCAAGGUUGGCCAGAACAAGUGGAACGAGUUCAGGAAGCUUGUGCUGGCCGGCAUUCCCGUGGCGAACCGUCCAAAGAUAUGGGCCGAAUGCUCGGGUGCGCUCUUCAAGAGGAUCCCUGGAUACUACGAGGACAUUGUGGCAAGAUCAGGCGAGGACGACGAUCCGGCAGUGGUGUCUCAGAUCGAAAUGGACAUCAACCGCACGCUGACUGACAACAUCUUUUUCCGCAAGGGUCCGGGUGUCGCAAAGCUCAACGAGGUCCUGCGUGCCUACGCGAGGAGGAACCCAGAGGUGGGCUACUGCCAAGGCAUGAACCUCAUUGCUGCCAAUCUUCUCCUCAUCAUGCCCUCGGCCGAGGAGACUUUCUGGAUCCUCGUAUCCAUCAUUGAAAAGAUCCUGCCUCGUGGCUACUACGACCACAGCCUCAUGGCGUCUCGUGCUGACCAGCAGGUCCUGCGGCAAUAUGUCGCCCUGGUCUUGCCAAAGCUGUCCGAGCACUUGGAGUAUCUCUCCAUCGAACUCGAGGCUCUGACCUUCCAGUGGUUCCUAUCUGUCUUUACCGACUGCCUGUCCGCAGAGGCUCUCUUCCGCGUGUGGGAUGUCGUCCUUUGCACCAACGACGGCAGCACAUUCUUAUUUCAAGUUGCUUUGGCCCUUCUGAAGCUCAAUGAGCCGCAGCUGCUACAAUGUGACACGCCAUCAUCGAUAUACACAUACAUCAACCACCAGAUGACAAAUCACGCCAUCAGCAUCGACGGAUUGAUCAAUGCCUCCGAAGGCCUCAGGAAGGUCAUCAGGCGCGAGGACGUCGAAGCGCGGCGCACUCGUGCCAUCGAGGCGGAGCAAGAGCUCAUCCGGGAGCGCGAGGAGGCGAAUAGGUCCCGCCGCAACAACCAGAACCAAAAGGCAACCUCGGCACCCGCGCUCGUCACGGAGACGAGCGCGUCCGCGGUGCCUAGUCCAGCCCCGAGUCCGGCUCUCAGUCGCGAGCGUGACCAGAGCGUUCCGAGCCUCGGCAACGAGGCCGGCAUCGAGCCAUCUGAAGAAGACAACGAGGCUUUGGCAACGUUUGCAGAGGCGACAAGCCGGCCCACAACGCCCUUCGAGGAGGAGACAGUGUUUAGUCUCGGAUGAGGUACAAACCGUGUUGUGUGUUCCCAAAUAGACAGCAUCAUCACCCAACUCGCUCAAACAGUCUAUUCGCAGUAAGGCGUAAUGCCACCAAGAAGGGCCGCAAAAGCGCCCAUGGGUUGAAUUCGACUCAGCCAUCACGAUGGGGGCUACGGACACAUGUACGGUCUGCAAGGAGAGACGUGUGCAGAUCCCGCACAAAAUCGUGACGCUCCCCAUUGUUUUCCUCUCUCUCUAUACAUAUACAUCUUCUUGAUACCCCCUUCCCAAUACGAAACACGCACGAGGGCAUGUACGUACAGUAAUGCAGAUAAGCGAUAGGGCUACUUAAAGUAUUUUGUGUUUCCCA